UGAUAUUUUCAAAAGGUCUCAACGUUUAUAUGACGUGAGAUAUUUGGAGUAUUUAGGCGACGGCGACUCAAAAGCUUUUCAGGCGGUUUGCGCGGAGGAGCCGUACGGGCCGGACGUUUCAAUUAAGAAAUUGGAAUGUGUCGGUCACGUACAGAAACGGAUGGGCUAUAGACUGAGGAAAUUGAAAUCGCAGAAGCCAUCGAUAGGUGGUAAAGGUAGGCUGACCGAUAAAGCUAUACAAACCAUACAAAAAUUCUAUGGCUAUGCUAUUCGAAAUAAUUCGAAUAGCGUGAAAAGUAUGGAAAAUGCGAUUUGGGCUACCUACAAUCAUUUAGCCUCCAGUGAUGAGAGCCCUAAACAUGAUUUAUGUUUAGAUGAUUGGUGUAAAUAUAAACAGGCUCUCAACACUGGUUCAGUCUAUAGCCACAAAUCCCACUUUCAUAUUCCAGAAACUGUAAUGAGUGAUAUUGAAUUUAUUUUCAAAGACCUGUCACGUACGGAACUUUUAAAAAAAUGUACGGCAGGAAAAACCCAAAAUUCAAACGAGAGUUUCAACAGUGUUGUUUGGACGAUUGUACCCAAAAAAACAUUCGUUCAAAUGAACACAUUGAAUUUUGGCAUGUCUGAAGCGAUAAAUAGGUACAAUGAAGGCCAUUUAGCGAAAGUGUGCGUAUUAGAAGAGAUGGGACUCAGAGCCGGCAAGAACACGCUGACUGCUUUGAAACGGUUAGACCACGAGCGCGUGUCUCAAGGAAACAAUCAGCUGCUAAAACAUAGAGGAGGAGGAGGAGGAGGAGGAGGCGGCGGCGGCACAGCACAUAGCGAAGAUGAUCCAAAUUAUAGCGCUGGUAAUUUUUAAGAUCAAACAUGAGUUCCUCCUACCAGAGCUGCAAGCCCAGUCGUCCAAGGACGCCAACUCUCUUCAUAGAACCAUCAUCUCAGUCGGCUCUGUCUUCGAG